AUGGGCGAACAGAUUCUUUAUGAUAGCUUUCCUUUAACAUUUUUGAACGGCGAUAUAGAAGAAAAUUUUAAUGAUGAAAAUGAAAACAAUUUUCGAAAAGAAAUAAAAAAUAUUACUGAGAGACUAAAAUUACUAAGGAUUGAAAUAAAUGAAAAAUAUUCAUUAAGAAGUGUAUUAGAAGAAAAACUAACAAUGUUACAAAAGGAAGAACAUGUAAAACAAAAUAAUUUGAAAUAUAUUAUGAAUUUUUCUGAAAACAAUUUAUAUGAAAGAGAAGUGUUAAAUUAUAAAAAUAAUAUAAAAUACUUAAAAAAGCAAAUUAAGAAUAGUACAUGUAAAAUCAAAUUACUAUUAGAAAAAGAAUUUAAAGUUAGGAAACAGCUGCAACUAAACUAUAUGGCCUUACAUGAUUUAUUAAAUGAACGUAUUAAUUACAUUUUAAGUGAUUACAUAAAACAUAGAAAAUGUGCUUGUGCUAUUUAUGCUUAUCAACAAGAAAAUAAAAAAGUAUAA